AAAAUUUUUCAGUGUUCCAGUUGCCGUUCGUCAUUCGCUCCGAUCGCACAGUAGUUCCGUGAUUCCGUUCGUUCGCGCUCAAGUAAUCCGCUGCACUAGAGCUGCUUCUGCUUCUAUCCGACGGGGUCCCGAUCAGGUUCUUUAAUUCCAAGACCAAGUGCUUCAGUAAUCAGUGAAUGUGUUGUGUGUGAAAUAUGUUGGGGGUGUAAUGUGAAGUCCACGAUUAUCGUCGAUUUUUGAAGCGGAAUCGGGCUCGCGCGCGUUUCCCAAAUCCGGAACAUCCGUGAUAUCCAGUUAAGCAGCAGUGUGCGAAAAAAUCCAGUUUAUAUGUAGACUCAAGCAAAAAAGAGUCAAGUGCAGAGCGCGGAGAAGAGCAAACGAAAGAAAAAAAAAAUGAAAGUGAAAGCGUCCUCCGCUUCGGAAGCUACUGCUGAGGCUGAUUAAAUCUAAAUUUGUUCAAUUGAAUUUGCGCAAUUUCGAGGGGCAAUUCCCUCGCCUACUGAAGCACAAAAUCAGGAAGUGGCUUCCAGAAGGGGGCAUGGAUUGCCAAAAUUGUCUCGAAGUGGUCCUCUGAAGUGCUUGCAGCUUAAGGGGAAGAAGAAACGGUAAUCUUGAAGGAAGAAAGGUGACGGCAAGAAGACGAAAGGGGUUCAUCAGAGUGGGGGGAAAAUAAAGUAAACAUCCCCAGGGGAGAAAGGUCAGGUCAUUAUUGAACAUAGUGAGUGAAGUGUGAAGAAGUGCUCCCGCAGCUUGUCAUCGUCUGAGGGAACUUGGCAGCAGCUCACACACGGUGAAAGAUGGAAAAUCCGGGCUCGUUGCCGUUUCUUCUGGUCACGGCCAACGUCGGGAGCGUAUUCGAGGAUCCGUCCCGUCUGCUCAACAUUUGGAUCCAGGAAUUCCUCAGCAAUGUGGCGAGUCGGAGGCCGGCCUUCAUUGCGCUGCACCUGCAAGAGGUCGGUGGCAAAACCUACGAAAAGUCCAUGGAGUACGUGCAGGAGUUCAUCAAAAAACUGUGCGAAUCGGCCGAACUGGCCGACUACAAUCGGAUUCGGGUCUACCUGGACGAGGACUACAACUCGGCGGAGCACUUCACGGCACUCGGCAAUCUGUACUUCGCAAUCCGGACCAUCGACAGCCUGCAGAUGUGGAACUUCCUCACACACGAGUGGGAAACGGUAGAGGGUAAAAAUAUCCACACGGGAAACAUUGAAUCGGUGGCAUCAAAGGAGAAAGCCAAAUUCCCGCAGCAGUUCUUCCCGGAGUGCAAAUGGUCACGCAAAGGCUUCCUGCGGACGCGUUGGUCCCUCAACGGGAGUGUCUUCGAUCUGGUCAAUAUCCACCUGUUUCACGACGCUUCCAACUUGGCGGCUUGCGAGGAGUAUCCCUCGGUUUACUGCAAGAGCCGACGGAGGGCGUUGGUCCACACGUUGGAAAGAUUUCACCAGGAUUCAGUCAACCAAGCCGUGCCAUACUUCGUCUUUGGUGAUUUCAACUUCCGAUGUGAUACCGAAGGAGUGGUCAAGAAACUCACCGAGGAUCUGACGAUGCAUCGGAUUCCGCACCCAAAGAGCGACAACUCUAAGGUUCAGUACCGGGACUCAGAUGGGGCCAACGUACUUACACUGGGCAAGAAGGAGUUCAACCACCACGAUCAGAGCACAUUCAAAGAGAGCUGGCUGCGUCAAUUCGAUCGGGAGCUCGAUUCGCUCCGGAGCAUACUGCACGAGUAUCCGAUUACAUUCCCGCCAUCCUAUCCGUACGAGGAGGACCCCGGCCAGCCGGGCAGCUACAUGAGUACCCGUUGUCCGGCCUGGUGCGACCGGAUACUGAUCAGCCCUGCGGCACGCAAACUUAUCGACGACGAGCGGGAAAAUGGCAAAACCAGUGGAAUGACGACGGCGGCUGCGACGUCGAGUGCCAAAGGUACCUACGGUAUCAUGGGGGAAGUUGUUUGCAUGGGAGAUCAUAAGCCGGUGUUCCUCAACGUACGAAUCAAAACGACUCAAGGUAUUUUAAAUUACUGUUCCUGUGAUACGCAUGCGCCUAGACGUGUUGAACACAAUCCCAAUAGUAGCAAUAGUGCCGUUAAUGUUAAUCUUAAUGUUAAUCAUAGUAACAACAAUAGCUGCAGUAGUAUUUUAGUUAGCAAACUUAUUAGCAAUAAUAGCAUUGUGAACGACGCCACCACCACUAGCCUAACCAGCAACAGCAUCGGUUUCCCCUCUGUCUUGACGGCGGCGGCACAUCCCCCCGAUAACAACCAUCCUCCUUCCACAGCCCUAACCAGCACUGCUGCUCUGAGCACCCUUACAAGCUCCUUACCACUUGCUAACCAUCAUCACUGUUUGACCUGUUUCGAUCGCAUUCAGUCCACGUUCGAUCGAAUCCUGUCGGAGUUGGAAUUUCCGGCCGGUACGUGUGCAGAUGGCGCCGGUUCCGUUGAUAGCACCCCAGCCAAAAAGAUGCCUCUGGAUGGAACUCAUCUCGUUAAAGCGCGACCUCCAGUGAGGAUCAGCGUGUUCGAUACGGAUAGCAAUUCCAACGUGUGCAUGUGUUCCUUGUAUAGCAGUAGUUUCAGCUUGGUGGGAGGCGAAUGCAGAAGGAGUCGAGCGGGCUCGAUAAGCUGUCUCGAUCAAUCCCAAGUGGACACCGGUGGAGGUGGCGGAGUGACCAAUCCACAAAUAUGCCCCAACUGUCGGAACAUCAUCAAGCAUCAACCGAUGGAACACCGGAAGACGCUUAUCUCGCGACGACUUAUGCUGGCCAACGACAUCAUCGUCAAUCGCAUCGAUACGCAUUACCUGAACACGUACACAACCACGGCCGGAGGAAUCACUUCGACGGCAGGCGGUGCCAACCGUCAAUUCGAACCUUACACUCCAGAAAGUGUAGAAUCUCAUUCGCCAGCGCCGGAAAGCGCCGAUACCAAACCCGAGUUCGAUGAAUCUCAAUCCGCCGAACUGGACCUGGACCAGGACCUGGACACGACCGACAGCCUCAAGCAACCUCUAAACGAGACUACGCAACCGAACGUAUCCAUAACCAACUCCUCCUCGAAGAAGAACACCUCCAUAAGCGGAGGCGUUUCACCUCGACAGCUCAAAUCUCGCCUCGAAAAGCUCAAACGAAUCUCAGACCGGCGGAAAACCUACCAGGAGACGAAGGCGUUGGCCGCGGCAGCGGCAGCCAACUCCACACUAGGUGAGGAACUCCAACCGCUGGACGACGAGGACCAAUCGGCGGGAAAAUCUAGUCUCGGGGGAAAGGUGGAGGAGGUGAUUUUUGUCGGGGGCGAUGGUCAACCACGGCGGCACCUGCUUGAUGCCGAACGGGGCGGGGAUCGGAAACUGGUGGACUGCUGCCGGCGGUGGGACUGUUGUGCAAUUUCGUAGUCAGAUUGAAAGUCCUCGAUCAACGAGGAGCGCGUUUCUGUAGAUUUAUAUACAUAUAGUUAUUUAUGUUAUGUGUGUUGCUCUGAUUGUACUUAUACGAUUAGGAAUUAUUGUUUGUGGUAUCACGUUUUUCUCAAAGAAAAACUACAAAGCAAGAAAUUAAAAUUGGUUUAUUUUUAUUA